AUGGACGUCAAGAAACAGCUCGAAGUACCAGGUUCCAAGGCAAGUAUGCACGCAUCCUGGUCCUGUGAAGAUGCAGCGUCGAGGUUGCAUAGUACUCAAUGCGAGUUGGAUGAUGCGAGAAGAGCAAUGGCGCGGAUGCGCAAAACAGUGAUUGACACUUUCAGCCGCCCCUCGAUUGAUAUCACUCGUUUAGUUUUUCGUUGCAAGCGCAGUGGAACCGUGAAAAAUUUGUAUGUCGCAAGUCACAUACUUACACAGUUCGAAUACUUCCAAAAAUGCCAUUCGCCAGAAUAUUCUGAGACUCAAGGUGUGGAUGAACCGUUGCUUGAAUUGGAUGGGACGGGACAUCUCAGUGACGGGAUAGGCUGUGGCGAUUCCGACGAUGAAUGGGAUAGUGAACCCGAUGAUUUUGGACCACAGAAGCACAAUGUGAGGAUGAACAUUGCAAUCCAACUCGCAAAACUGAUCUUUUGUUUUGAAACUAGAGCUCUUUACUUUGCGCCUCUGCGAUCUACAUAUCAAGAGUACUGCAAAAAGCAGGCUGUCGAAGGCCCAGGAAUUGAACAAUCUUCUGAGUCUUCUGGGACAGACAAAGAUUCAAAGAUGGAUGAAGAUUCAGAGAAGGAAGAGCCUCCAGAGAAAGAAGAGUCUUCAGAGAAGGAAGAAUCUUCUGACGACGAGAAUUGUACUCCUUGGUCUGAGUGGGCCAACGCUCACAGCACCUCUUACACCGCUGUAGCCGGAUUCAAGACUCUCACAAGCCCAAAGAGCAUGUACCGUCUGGCCGAUAUGCUAAUCAUUUCUGAACUUAAAGCUAUAUGUCAGAAGCAAAUUGUUGCGUCUCUAGAUGUGAAGAAUGUAACCACCGAAAUCCAAAGCCCAGUUUUUGAGCAGCACCAGGAACUUCGUGUGGAUGCCUAUAAAUUUAUACGCAAAAACUGGAAGUUACUCACCAGCUCUGAUCGUAUAUCACUUAUCACACAUCUGUCACAAGAGGAGGCCACUCUUGUUGACCAACACAUCCUCAUGCAUAUUUCUCCCUGA